ACCCCGCUAAUCAGGGCUUGGGGGCGAUUAAGACCCCCCGAAAGCCGCUUGAGCGGCGCCUAAGCCCGGCUUGGCCAGCGCYGGCCGCGGGAUGAGCCCGGCUCAGCCGCGCUUUGCCCCGCUGAGCCCCGAUUAUUGGGGGGAGGGGGGGUCCCAUCCGCCCCCCGCCCUAUAAAGCGCCCGGCCCGUCGCCCCCCACCCCGUUGUUGUCACCGUCCGUGUCACCGUCCCCGUUGUCAUUGUCACCGUUGUCAUUGUCACCAUGCAGAAAUCGCGGCAGAUGCGGGACGAUCUCCCCGAGGAUUUCUACAUCCCCAUGAACAUGGAGACCAACAACAUCACGGCGCUCAGCCCUUUCCUGGUCCCCCAGACCCACCUGGGCAGCCCGGGCAUCUUCUGGGCCAUGACGGCCUUCAUGUUCACGCUGAUUGUCCUGGGAGUGCCCAUCAACGGGCUGACCAUCGUCUGCACGGCCAAGUACAAGAAGCUGCGCUCGCACCUCAACUACAUCCUGGUGAACCUGGCGGUGGCCAACCUGCUGGUGGUGUGCGUGGGCUCCACCACCGCCUUCUACAGCUUCUCGCAGAUGUACUUCGCCCUGGGGCCCACGGCCUGCAAGAUCGAGGGCUUCGCCGCCACGCUGGGCG